CACAUCUCUUUGCUCUUCGGCAGAAGAGAGAAAGGAGUAACUCCCAAUCUGCUCUUUCUCUCUCUAGAAAAAACCAAACAUAGCAUCUCGUUUCUCUCUCUCGAAAUUCCAUUCUUAGAUUUAGCGAUUAUCUAAUCGUUGAUUCUGUUUCUCCGGUGAUCGGUGCGGGGGGCGAUAGGCUGAAAAUAGAUACUGCGAGAUCGAGGUAUGCAGGCUGAUCAGACGGUGUUGAGCUUGAGACCUGGUGGUGGCGGCGGCGGCGGCGGAGCCAAUCGAGGAAGCAGAUUCCUUGGUCCUCGGUUCGAUUCGUCUUCUUCUUCGCCUUUUGGUUCAUCCUCUGAUCUUCCUGUUCUGCGUCCUCAUGGCGGUGCUCCUUCCUCUUUCUCUAUAAAGGCUGGGGAUAGUCGGUUUGAGGGUCGUGAGCGUGUGCGGUUCACCCGAGACAAACUGUUGCAACUUAGGGAGGUUGUUGAUGUCCCUGAGGAUAUAUUGAAAAUCAAACAAGAGAUAGAAGCUGAAUUAUUUGGUGAAGAUCAAAAUUGGGGUCGGGGAGAAAGCAAUCUGCCAAAUCAAUCUCAGAGUCGUUAUUCUGAGCCAGAUAAUCGUGACUGGCGUGGCCGGUCUGCACAGCUUCCUGCCUCUGGAGAGGAGAGGUCAUGGUUUGACUCUAGACAGCAGGAAGCAAACCAAUUUAAUCGUCAAGACCAACUAAACUCCCAGUUUGCAAAGGCUCAAAUAUCUUCUGUCCAAGGGGGACCUGCUCCUGCUCUAGUGAAGGCUGAGGUGCCAUGGUCCGCUCGACGUGUGAAUCUUUCUGAGAAGGAACGUGUCUUGAAGACAGUGAAAGGGAUACUGAACAAGCUCACUCCAGAGAAGUUUGAUCUUCUCAAGGGCCAAUUGAUUGACUCUGGGAUCACAACAGCUGAUAUCUUGAAGGGAGUCAUCUCGCUGAUAUUUGAUAAGGCAGUGCUAGAACCCACUUUUUGUCCCAUGUAUGCCCUCCUGUGCUCUGAUCUUAAUGAAAAGCUCCCCCCAUUCCCAUCUGAUGAACCUGGUGGAAAAGAAAUCACUUUUAAGCGAGUUCUCUUGAAUAUCUGCCAGGAGGCAUUUGAAGGUUCUGAUAAACUGAGAGCAGAAAUAAGGCAGAUGACUGCCCCUGAACAAGAGUUGGAGCGAAGAGACAAGGAAAGAAUGGUUAAGCUUCGAACUUUGGGAAACAUCCGUCUUAUUGGGGAGCUUCUGAAACAGAAAAUGGUACCUGAAAAGAUUGUCCACCACAUUGUUCAGGAGCUUUUAGGACAUGAUAAUAAAUCUUGUCCUGAUGAAGAGAAUGUUGAGGCCAUAUGCCAGUUCUUUAACACUAUAGGUAAGCAGCUUGAUGAAAGUACAAAAUCUAGGCGCAUAAAUGAUAUGUACUUUAGCCGAUUGAAGGAAUUAACGACAAACCCCCAAUUGGCUCCACGUCUGAGGUUCAUGGUUCGUGAUGUUCUUGAUCUGCGUGCAAACAGUUGGGUUCCCAGGCGGGAAGAGGUGAAAGCUAAAACCAUAACAGAAAUCCAUACAGAGGCAGAAAAAAAUCUUGGGUUGCGUCCAGGUGCCACUGCAAGCAUUAGAAAUAGUCGCAGCAUUGUUUCUGGUGCUCAAGGGACCAUGGGCCCUGGUGGCUUCCCAAUCACCCGGCCUGGCUCUGGGGGGAUGAUGCCUGGAAUGCCAGGAACCAGGAAGAUGCCUGGUAUGCCUGGAAUUGAUAAUGACAAUUGGGAGGUUCCAAGGACCCGAGCCAUGCCUAGAGGUGAUGGAUCAGGUGUUCAGACUCGUGUCCAGCAGACCCAUGUCCAGUCGCCAUUGAUGGGCAAGUCAAUGCCACUGAACUCAAGACUGUUACCUCAGGGCAGUGCUGGUUUUAUAAGUGGUAGGACAAGUGCUCUAUUGCAGGGUAGUGGUCCCCCUCCUGGCCGCACUGCCAACUUUGGCUUGGGUAUGGAACCUGCACUCCAAAGCCCUGUGCCUGCUAAAUCUGUUCCUGUUGCAUCUAUUGUUCCAGCAGCUGAGAAACCAGUGACUCCUGCUGCCAGAUUGAAUUCAGAUGACCUCCGGAGAAAAACAGUCUCACUUCUUGAGGAGUACUUUGGUGUCCGGAUUUUAGAUGAAGCACUACAGUGCGUGGAGGAACUAAAGUCCCCAGCUUACCAUCCCGAAGUUGUGAAGGAGGCUAUUUCCCUUGCACUAGAAAAGAGCCCACCUUGUGUUGACCCUGUUGCGAAACUCCUGGAGUUCUUGUUUUCCAAGAAGGUUCUUACCACUAUGGAUAUAGGGACUGGAUGUUUGAUGUACGGAUCAAUGCUGGAUGAUAUUGGCAUUGAUUUACCAAAAGCUCCGAAUAGCUUUGGUGAGGUUAUUGGGAACCUAGUUUUGGUUGGGGCAUUGGACUUCAAGGUAGUGACGGAAAUCAUGAAGAAAGUGGAGGAUGACAGGUUUCAGAAAAUGAUAUUUGAUGCUGUGAUGAGGAUUGUCAGUUCCAGUCCUUCUGGGCAAGGGGCGUUGGAUUCGCAGGCAGCCGACAUUGCAGCUUGCCAGAGCCUGCUCUAGUAAGCCUUACCCUUUGUUUGCAAGAGUAGAUCAAUUUCUGUAACCACUGAGAUUGGAUGUUCCAUGCCUAUGCCUAUGCCUAUGCCUAUGCCUAUUUUCUCUCUUUCCAAUUGCCCCUUCCGUUUGCCCCCUUUUUUAAGGCGAGCAACUUGUAUCACAAUAUGAUGAUAAGAUGGAGCUGUGAAGAACAGAUAAAUUUUUAUUGAGUUGUAUAUUUUGCCCGAGGUGAUAGUAGUGUGUUUAUUGAAGAAAAAAAAAUGAGAACAUAACACCAUGGUUUUUGCUCUCAAAGUGCAGCUAAUUAUGGUCGGUCGAGAAUUGGGGACCCAAUGGUUUUGUAUUGGAUUAGUUUUUUUAAUUUUCUUGACAGAGUUUAGUUUGUUUGUUUGUUUUUGGUUGGAACUGGUACCAUCAUAAAUGCCAUUGUUUCACCUUUGGAGAAUAA